CUCUAUUUCUGUUCACAUCUGAUUCGGUGAUUUCCUGGGCAUAAAUAUACAUGUUCGGCAGCCUCUGCGUUAUUUGUCAAGCAUCCUCCUACCUGCAGGUAUUUUGCGUCGAAGUCUAUCUCUUAUUCUUGAAGUCCAUAAAGAUUGAAGCCAACGAUUCAUGAUCUGAUUGCUCAACGUGUCUUGACACAUCUGCAUUCGACCACGUUAAGCUGGGAUAUGCACAGCCAUGGACGUUGCGAUGCAAAUAUCUGUAAAGUGUACCCAACCGCCAUGAAACAAACCACACUUAGGCCGAGUCUCGGUUUGAAGAAACAAUAGUCAAGAUGUUUUCAAAUCUAUGGAAAAAUAUUAGGUAUUGAGGGAUGAGAGAGACCCGUCUCGUCAAACCAAACAGAUGUCAUGGUGUGAUUCACAGCUGAUGAAUCAAAGUGUAGACGCGAAUGAUCAUGGAUCAUGAUCUUUCCUUCCAUUUCCUUCCGUCUUCUUCAUAGAGUUUCUGGCCAGAAGGACUUUCUGGUGUUUCUGUAUGUCAAUCAGGCAAGCAAGAUCGGCGAAUAUUGCACUACUACUUUCUACCUUGUUCAAAGAAGCUUCAGGUCUUAGGGGAAGGCAUUGUUCCUCCAACAGGCGCCAGGAAAGAGGCCGCCUUCGAGACGACCGAGACAAUGAUGGAGGAAAGACAGCCUUGAGCCGUUGUUUCUCGUUUUAUGUUUCUCCUCCAUCCGGGAAACAGCAUCUUCGUCUGUUGGCCUUCCAUGUACUCGUCCGCUGCAUCGAACCCAGAGUGACAUGACCGGCGCAGACCAUCUGCCAUGCAUCGUCUCUAAAUUCUGCCUGCAACAUCUCAACACCCCCUUCGACAGCCCCCGUGCGAAUAUCAUUACGACAGCCCGCCAUCACCACCGGUUGAUCCUUGUAAUCGAAAUCAUGCUUACCGAACUCGAGCGUGCCAUACGUUUUGGCGCUCUUUUGGGGCGAAUCGAGAGCCUCCGCGAGAAAAUCAACCGAAUCCACGACAGCGAACCAGGCGAUUUCGCCACCUUCGUCGCCCAGAUACCUGUCUCGAACGAUCCUGAUUGGGAUGUUGAAGAGAGCCUGUCAAAUGACGUCUGUAACGCCUGGGCAGCAUGGGAAGACGCGACCUUGGAAUCACAUACCGUCUCCUCUCCCGAGAGUUCGAACGCCGCCGCCGCCGCCGCCGCCGCCACCUCGUCUCCUCCCAGUAACGAGCGACUCGACAAGUCAACCCUCAGUGAUACACAAUCUGACGCCAGUACUCUCGCAAUACUUGUUCAAAAGUUUAUAUACAGGCCGAAGUGCAUCAAAAAGGACGAUGGGGAUGGACAACCGAGCGCCAUGCAGUACUUGGGCCAGUCGAGCAACGGAUCACCAAGUGGAUUAAAGGCUACAGCAACAACGGCUUUGACGGCUGUUUCGACCACGGCUACACUACAAUCCACUUCGGUUCAUCUUCAGCCACUGACAUCCGCAUCGGCAUCUUCGUCGGCCUCUGCGUCGGCCUCCGCGUCGACAUCAGCUUCGGCAUCCGCAAAUGUGGCGCAUGGUAUCGUCACCCAGAUCCGGCCAGAAGGAUCCAAAGUCCGUCGGAUGAGGCGCUUCUUUCGAUUACGGGAUGAACUGGUCGGCUUGCUAUCUGUGUUCAACGUCUUGGAGAACCAGGAAGAAGAUGUCGAACAGGCCAGAAAGCAGUGCAUGGAAAACUACCGACGGAGGAGAGAGCAAAGAACGGCGCAUCCACUGAGACAGAGUAUGGCGAUGGAGGAACACGAAGAUAUCUCAGAUAAGAGGCUUGGAAAACAACGAGAGAGAACAGUAUGGUGGUGAAGAGGUCGCUGGAUGGAUGGGUUUCCUCUUUCAGAAUUGGACAGAAUGGUCGAUGAAGUAGUCGUCGGUGAGGGUUUUUGUUUUUUACACAGUGAGCGGGCACACCAGGUGUUUUCUAGGGCGCCAGUAGCGGAAAACAACAACUGAAUAGAAACUAGAAGAGAAUCAUGACGUU